UGCACGUCUUCCGCACAGUUGUCGCGACAAUUCACAUAUAUCAACUACGGCCGGCGACAUUUUUAGCGUCCAACACGCGUUUUUAGCUACAAAAUGACACGCCAAUAAUUUUAGAUCGCAGUGUUUGUGAUACGGAGGCGUAACUCGUUGGACUAUAGCGAAUAUACAAUGUAUUAUCAGUUGCGGUUUGAGAGCCCGUCGAGACGACCACUUUCGUAAAACGCUACCGGUGUUAAUAUUUUCUUUUUUUUUAAACAACAAAUACAACAUAACAGAAAAAAAAUAUAUACCUAGUUAUUAUAAAAAAUAAAAUACAUUUCUAGUGCUGUGAAAACAUUUUAUCGAUAAAAAAAUAGUGCGGCUCAAAAAUGCCGAUAGUGUUCAGUGCUGUAGCUAGUGACAGAAACAUAGUGUCUAACUUCGCGUCUUGCGAUGGAAACUUCACGGAGAUUGCUGAACAAGUGCUCUCCAAGUUACCAGCUUGUAACAAUAAGAUGACAUAUUCACAUGGCACGUAUCUACUGCAUUAUAUAUCUGAAGAUGAUUAUUUAUACUUCUGUAUAACAGAUAAACUAUGCCAGCGGUCCAGAGCAUUUCUAUUCCUGAACGAGAUACAAAGGAGGUUCAUAGCAAGUGAGCGAAGUAAAGAAGACUUCACGACGGUGUUAGCGGCUGAAAUGUAUCGAUACAGCGAGGACUACAACACUAUUGUUAUAAGGAAGGGCGAAUUGGACGAACUAAAUAGUAUCGGCGUUGGGUGCAGUGAAAGUAUUCUGGGCGAAAAGAUACUGUACAUCAACAAUCCACAUAUUAUUUCAUACAGUACUAUAUCACACGUGAGCGCAACUCCAGCACUUAUAUCAGUAUCAGGCAUAAAUUCAACCGAAGAAGAAACAACAGAAGGCCUACCCUUAGAAGUAUCACACAACACAACACAAGCCAAUGAAAAUACAACUUCGAGAGACAUAUCAACAGUCUACCCAAAUAAAGAAAAUAUAUCAGUAGUACCACCAAAGGAAGUCCAAAAUAUGUCUGCAAGACUGUACAUAGUAAUUGUAGGUAUGAUUAUACUUGUAAUAGCAAUGUCCGUGUGUGCCUUCGGACCAAUUUCCUGUGUUGUGGUCACCGGUAUAGGAAUAUAUUCGCUCUUAAGAUCUUACGUUGGUGUCAAGAAUAAAGUUGAUUAGGUUAUUUAGUAACCCACCCAAAACAUAAAUGUGAAAGGCUGCCAAGUUCGAUAAUAUUGGAAUGCUUCGCCUAUAAAAGAAGUGAGAUCUAAAUAAGUACCAAGUUCCAUACACAGACCUCAGUUAAAAAUGAUAUAACAAGUUGGCAAGUUUUCACACACUUUGUUAUAAACCUACUAAACGCAAUGAGUCAAGUAUAUAAUUUUCUAUUAAAACUUGCCAAGUUAUAUCAUUUUUAACUGAGGUCUGUGUAUGGAACUUGGUACUUAUUUAGAUCUCACUUCUUUUAUAGGCGAAGCAUUCCAAUAUUAUCGAACUUGGCAGCCUUUCACAUUUAUGUUUUGGGUGGGAUUUCAUUUAUUUUUAUAAGGUUUAUUUUCUUUUAUUCUUAUUUUA